AUGAUGGACCAGCAAGCCAAACCAACCCUGCCUGCCGCCAGCCCUAACGCUCGUGGCAGUGGCAGCGCCAACGCCAGCGCCAGCCCUUUUGCCUACCAAUCCAAAUACCUCGAGCGUUCCGCUUCUCGUAGCAGCACCUUUUCGCUCGCUUCCUCCCUCGACACCGCACCACGCACAGGCCUCCAACCUUCCGGCUCCAUCCGCCGCUUCCCAGCUCCACAUCGUCACACGGCUUCACUCGACCCUCAUCGUGCCGCUGAGCUUCGCGCUGCUGCCUUGGCUCAUAGCCCAACAGCCUCACCCUUGGGCGCAUCCGUCAGUACGUUUGGCUCCAACACCACUCUCUCUAGUUCCGGCUCCAAUCACUCGAUCGGUGCUCCCACCACCUCGCCCGCUCCAGCCACUUUCAGCAAGGCCACCUUUCCAGCUGCAUCGCGAGGCGUCAAUGGCCGUCCCACGUCCAUGCCUCCAGCACCACGCGACAACCUCUUCAACUCGUCCACUGUCGGCCGUGCUCGGGCAUAUUCACCCACCAAGGACCCUUACGAUCGUGCAGUUUCCCCCACCAAGAACCUCAGCUACGACUCGCCGCUCUCCUCGCCCAAAAAGGACGAUAGCUCUUGGAUUCAGUCACCCUCGACACCCAAACAGCACGGCAGCUUCUGGAGUAAUGCAAGCAACGGUGCUUACCCUGGCUCCAACGCCACUGGCCCAUCUCAGCUUCAUCUUGGAGGCGUAAAGGACCUCAAGAGGUCCAGCGUUGGCGCGCUCAAGAUGAUCAAGGAUUUCACCCAAAAGACCGACGAACUCGGCACACUCGGCACACUCGGCGAUCAGCAUAGCCACACACGUAUGACCGUCGGUCGCUCGCGUGGUCAACGCACACAGAGCUUGGGUGCUUCCAGCGCUCCACUCGCAGAUCGCCUCAACAGUCUCAACCUCGAGCCUACCAUCCAGGAGGGCUGGCAAAAGCCCGGACGCCCCGGAAGAAUGGAGAGCGAGGAUCAAGAGGGCGAGAUCGUGCUUCCAGGUAUCACCACAGGUGCCGAAGACGUUGCCGGUCUCCACGGUCGUAUCCGUCUUGCCCGCGCAGAUGGCCCCGGCACCAUGGCUCUGGGCCGUCCCUCGACCACCUCUUCCAACCUCCCCCUGACAAGCUCGAGCAAGUGGAUGGACACGCAGCGUCACCUUCUCCAGGCCUACGAGUACCUUUGCCACUGUGGAGAGGCCAAAGAGUGGAUGGAGCUUCACGUCGGCGAGCAUCUCGGUGAUGUGGUCGAGAUGGAGAACGAGAUGCGCAACGGCAUCUUCCUCGCAAAGCUCGCCAAGAACUUCGAGCCCGAAUGCGUACCACGCAUCUUUGUCCAUCCCAAGCUCCAGUACCGUCACACGGACAACAUCAACUACUUUUUCUCCUUCAUCAACAAGGUCGGCCUCCCUCACUUUUUCCAAUUCGAGCUCACCGACCUGUACGAAAAGAAAAACUUCCCAAAAGUGGUCUACUGCAUCCAUGCGCUCAGUCAUGUCCUCGCACGUCAAGGUAGAGCACUCAAGGUUGGAAACCUCAUUGGCAAGCUCGAGUUCACCGACGAUCAGCUUCAGAAGACGCAGAAAGGUCUCGACGCAUCCGGCGUCGCCAUGCCUUCGUUUGGCGCCGUCGGCAAGGCGCUCGCCAAGGAGAUGAACAUCGAACCUGAACCCGAACCCGAGACUGAGCAGGAACGCAUCGACCGCGAUCUCAUGGAGAACCUUGAUGCUGUUGUCGCGCUACAGGCGGCUUCGCGCGCGUUUGUUGCUAGGGUGCGUUUCGCGGAUCGUCUCCACGCCGAGAUCCAGCGUCGUCACCAAGAAGAGGCUCGCAUGGCGGCAGCUGCUGAAGCAGAGCGAGUUCGUCAGCGUCAAGCUGAAGAGGACCGUAUCAUUUCACGCUGGGCUCCCACAAUACAAGCCCAGAUCCGCGGUGUGCUUACUAGACGCACCCAUCACCGCAAGCAGGCAGCUCUUCACACCAGCACACGCACUUUUGUGGGUCUCCAGGCUGCCGUUCGAGCCAAGCUCGCCCGUCAGACGCACGUCGAGCAUGUCAAGCGUGUCCACGACAUCGGCAACGCUCGCGCUAUCGAAAAUUUCCAGGCUUGCGUACGCGGCGCUCUCUACCGUCGUCGUUUCUUUGAAAACAUCAAGGCGCUCGACAAGCACGAGACCAGCGUCGUCGGCCUACAGGCACAGAUUCGUGGUCGUCUGGCUCGCGCAGCAUAUGAGAACCUCAUCUACCGUCUGGCCGACUCGACCGAGGAUGUCAUCCGACUGCAGGCUGCCUGUCGUUCCGUUCUGGCCAAGCAAAACUUGCUGAAUACCAUUCGAGGCCUGCGCAGCUCGAGCGAUGCCAUCACUGCCGUUCAAGCCCAGGUUCGCGGCGUAUUGGCUCGCAAGAACCACGUCAGGAUGCGUUCCGCCUUGCAAAAGGUCGAAGUCAAGGCGGCCGUCGGAGGUCUUCAAUCCUUCGCUCGAGCUGCCCUUGCACGUCGCAAGCACCAAGAGCAAAAGAAGCAGCUCGAUUUCGUCACGCCCGACGUUGUUGGCAUCCAAGCUGCCAUUCGAGGUAUGCUGGUGCGUCUCGAGUACGACUGGUGGAGGAACCACAUCACCCAGAGCGAGCCCGUCGCGAUUCACCUUCAGUCUCUCAUCCGAGGUGCGCUGAGCCGUCGCAAGUUCUUCUCGCGACUGCGCCACUACCACGAGCACAUGGACAAGGUGGUCAAAAUCCAGAGUCUCUUCCGAGGUCGACAGCAGGGUGAGCAAUACCGUAGCUUGACCAUGGGCAAGAACGUGCCAGUCGCCACGAUCAAGAACUUUGGUCACCUGCUCAACGACUCGGAUGCCGACUUUGAGGACGAGAUCGAGGUCGAGCGCCUGCGCAAGCUCGUGGUUCGUGCGAUUCGUGAAUCGCAGACGCUAGAGAGCGACGUCUCGGAACUCGACACCAAGAUCGCGCUGCUGGUCAAAAACAAGAUCGGCAUCGAAGAAUUGAUCAAGGCCAAGAAUGAGCGCGGUCUGCUGGGUCAGCGCGAUGCUGCAGCCGCCGUGCAGAAGCGCAACUCGGUGCUGGUGGCUGCCAACGAUCCCUUUGCCGACCACGCGCUGGAUCGUGCCUCGAGGAGAAAGUUUGAGCUGUACCAAGAGCUCUUUUACGCGCUACAGACGCGGCCCGAGUAUCUCGCUCGUCUCUUUGCCCGUGUCGGCAAGAUCGAGAUGGCCGAUCGCGACAAGCGACAGGUGGAAAAGAUCGUGCUGACGCUGUUCGGCUAUGCGCAAAAGGCACGAGAAGAGUUCUUGCUGCUCAAGCUCUUCCAGCGCUGUGUCGAAGAGGAGCUCGGCUUCGUCUCGACCGUGCAGGAGUUUAUUCGAGGCAAUGCGCAGUUCAUCAAGCUGGUGGCGCAGUACAAUCGCGGUGCGCGGGAGCGCAAGUAUCUCAAGGAUCUGCUGGGGCCGCUGGUGUCGGACAUUAUGGCGCAGGAAGGUCUCGACCUUGAAACGGACCCUUGCGCCAUCUACCGCGCGACGAUCAAUCAGGAGGAAAUGGAGACGGGCCAGCCGUCGCGACGGCCGCUCGAGGUGGCCUUCAACGAGGCGCUGGCCGAUCCAAUGGCACGAACCAUCUUCAUUCGUCACCUCCAAUCAUUGCGUGCCACCACCGAGGCGUUCCUGUCGGCCAUCCUGUCGUCGACGCGCAAGAUGCCAUACGGUGUGCGCUACAUUGCUCGUGAAGUGUUCCGUGCGCUGCAGAGCAAGUUUCCCGACGAACCGCAAGAUGCGCUGAUCAAGGUGGUGGGUCACUUGGUGUACUAUCGCUACCUGAACCCAGCCAUCGUUGCGCCGGAAGGCUUCGACGUGGUCGAGACGCUAGUUGGGCCGGUUCAGCGCAAGAACUUGGCUGAGGUGUCCAAGAUGCUGACGCAGAUCGCCGUGGGCCGACUGUUCAACGACGAAAACCCGUAUUUGCAGCCGCUGAACGACUACGUGUCGCACGCGUCGGAACGCUUUACCAAGUGGCUGUACGGGAUCAUCGACUGUGCUGAUGCAGAAAUGCAGUUCAGCGCCGACGAGUUCUUGGACCAUACGGUGCAGGAGAAGCCCGUGAUCUACAUUUCGCCCAACGAGAUUUACUCGAUGCAUCUGUUGCUCUCGCAGCAGAUCGAUCACCUGGCGCCACAAGCCGAAGAUCCGCUUCGAGUUGUUCUCAAGGAGCUCGGUGCGCCGCCCGUGUCGAAUACGCAGGAACUCAAUUCUGCGCGUGAUAGCGAGAUUACGUUUGAGCUGGUCUCGCGUAUGGCAACGUUACAGGAUCCUGAGGCGGAAACCAAGGCUCUGUUUGUCGAAACAAAACGGUUGGUGCUGUGUCUGCUCAAGGUGCAGUCAGGCAAGACGCUGGUGGAUGUGUUUGUAGCACCAGUGACGGAUGUGGAGGAGUUGCAGUGGGAGGAGAUUGUGUCGUUGGAGAUUGCGGCAGAUCGGCAGCGACAGCGCGGAUCUCGACCGCCUGGACUUGCGAUGUACGGCGGAGCUUCGGGCGGUGGGCGUCUGGAAGACGUCCGACGGCUAAGCUUUGCCGAACUCAAGGCACGGACGCUGGAGAACAUGCUGCAGCUCGAACAACUCGGCAAGGUGUCGCGUGCCAACAAGUACCAGGACAUGCUGAACGCGAUCGCGAUCGACAUCCGCAACAAGCACCGCAAACGCAUCCAGCGCGCCAACGAGAAAACGGCAAUGCACACUACGCUCAAGACGCUGGACGACAAGAAGGCGUAUCUGCAGGAGCAGAUUGAUUCGUACCACAGCUACAUUGAUGCUAGCAUGCAGACGAUGCAGGGCGGGCGCAAGGGCAAGAAGCGGUUUGUGCUCCCGUUCAGCCAGCAGUACUUCCAUCUGAGGAGUCUCAAGGCGAAUGGCGGAAAGGUGCCCAAGUUCGGAAGCUACAAGUAUGCGGCGAGCAAGUUGCUCGACAAGGGUGUCGUCGUCAGUGUCGACGGCCUAGUCGCAAGGCCCGACACGGCGUCCACCACCGCCCCUGUCGCCGCUCCAGCCGAAGUGCACUUCACAAUCAGCUCAGAUCAGCCAGGCGUCUUUACCAUACAGGUCCUCAACGGUCCGUCCGCAGGCGCAAGCGCCGACCUCAGAAUCGAAGAUCUGCUCGAAUCCCAGUUCAACAACCAAGCCACACUCGCGCUCAUAGACGCCAAACUCGUCGUCAACGUCAACCUGCUCGUUCAUCUCAUCAACAAAAAGUUCUAUGCCUAG